GACUACCGCACCGUCCGACAGCGAUAGGAGCUCUGCCGACAAACAGUACGGCGGACUUAGAUUUAACACCUGAGAAUUUCUCGCGUAAAUUCGCAUGUUGAAACAAAAUAAUUUUGAAAAUUGACCGCGUCGUGCUUAAGUUCGCCGUUCACGUGUUCGCGAAUUUCCUGUUGAUUGUGAUCAGGAUAGCUUAGAUCGGGAGUGAUCAUGAGGAUGCAUCUUGUUGGAAUCUUGACUAUUCUGUUAUUCGCUGGUACCGAAAUUUUAGGACAUCCCCCACAGGAAAGAUUAAUGCCAGAUGGAGCGCCGAUUCCCGAGGACACAGUUGUACACGAGGACUCCGUGGCGUCGGCGUCGGAGGUAGGCGAGGAGUACGACGAUUCCGACAUGUAUAUGGAACCGGAUGAGUCAGGGGCGACUGCGCAACCGGAGGAUCGCGCGGAGGAAAGCACGCAAAAGACCAAUCAACGCGAGACGUCAACCGACACCACCGACAAGAGUAACGAGAAAUCAUCCGAGGCUGAGAAACCUGAAGCUGCCAAAGAUCAGGAGGCGAAGAACACGGAUCACACUGCCAUCGCGCAGUUCUCUGACGCGGGAGACAGACGUUUGGAGACCGAGAGUCAAAAUUUCUUCCCGUCCUUCGCGGAGCUCUUUGGAAAUCACAGGCUCUCGUUCGCGGAGCAGCAGCAGCAGCGGCAGUACCGUCCUAACAGAUUUCUAGGCUACUUCCAACGCGAUCGCAAUUAUCAGGCCGCCGCGACUAAGGAUCACCACUCCAUACUGGGGUCAGGUAACUUCGGCGUGAUCCGCGGCGGCACUUACUAUCCGGAGGAGAAAGAGAACGACGAGUACUCGGUGGACGAGAGCCUCUACAAUCCGUACUAUCAUCGCGGUCGUGCGCAAUAUUAUAGAAACCCGAAACCCCAGCCGAUACGCGGCGGCGAUUUCUUCGCGAACUUCCGCGAUUUCGCCGACAUCACGGCGCCGCCGAAGUCCAGUUUCUCGCACCUCUCCGUGGUGUACGCCAACAAGAACGGCAGUUCCACCGGACGUGUCACGGAACCCAGGAAUAUCAUUGAAACUCUCAGGAUGUUGGAGGAAGAGGAGCGAUCCAACGCGGAGGAAGUGUCCACUACGGAAGAGCCGAAGAAGAAGCAAAGCAAGGGCAAGUGGAAACUCAUGAAGAUGAAGCAGUACGAGGAGGAUAAAGCCAGAAGAUCUCGCAUGUCCGUCGAACCGCUGCUCGCUCUCAGCUGAGCGUAAAGGAAUGUCGUUUAAAGUGUACGUUAAUGUGGACGCAAACCUCGGGAUUUUCUCCCAAACGCGGAAUUUGGCCUCGAGAUCAGAACUAAAGUCUGAAAAGCGUCGUUUUUUUUUCUAUUAUUGGAGAAGAAUGUACUGAAACCGUGCGACAGGAACAGAGAGGGUCCGCAUCUUCGUUCAUGUGCGGACGAUACUGUGCGUGCAUACGAACUUUUCGAACCGAGCCGAAAAGCUGGCGACUGGAGAAUUUCGAAAUUAUAACGCGCGACGCGCGUCGCCAGUUAAAUACGGUAUACAAUUCCUACCAUUGGAAUUCCGACGCUCUGUAUCGAUACGGAGGUAUAAGCGAAAGCAUCAGUUUAUAGUUUUAAACGUAGCACCGUACAAAACUUCUAUAUCAUUUCUUGAGCGAUGCGAAAAAAUUUGGAUUAAUUAGUAGAACUUAAGAUGAUAGCGUUAAGAAUAUAAGGCAUUGUACCGUUCCUGUUUAUCGGCUAAUUGUUAGAUCUAAAACGCACGUGGCCUUAACGUUUAAAUUAUUCCCUAAGUUAGAUGGUAACGCGUGUGAGUUUGAAGGAUCCUAAAUAUAAGAUUUUUCGAGACUACAGUGCGUCGAUUAAGAAAUUCCAUGUGGUGCUAUAUACGUUUCGCCGGUCGUACAAACACCUUCUGGAGAAACGUUCCCGUUUCGGCGAGGCGCUUGCAAAGCAAACUAACUGGCAACGAUUAUUCACAGAGACCUUUUACGUUGAUUGAAUUCACUUGCUCGUACGUGAACGUCACGCUCGAGUAAGCCAUGAUUCCGGAAUCGGUAACUCUUACCAUACGACACUUGCGUUCGGGCUAAAACCACGAGGCUCGUGCGCGCGGCCUCGUUAUCCUAUAAUUAUGCGAAAUGCGUAAUCACGUAGGAUAUACUUCAGAAUAUGAGAUCUAUUUUUCUUAGCAGUUUUUACAUUUACAUUCGUUGCUCCUCUUUCUUUGAAACGUAACGUUUCGUUUCAGGUGUUAAAAGUGUAAAAAUGAAAAGCGAAAAGACGUAGACCUGUGAAAAGUGUACGCAUUACAAUUUUAACCGCGUCGAGUUGACUUGCGAAAAACUCUUCUCUUGGCAUUACCAUAAAUUAUUCGACUCUGCCCUUCUAUAUUUUAAUGUUUUAUAGCUAAAGCGGAAACGGGUUGCCAUCGCGUUUAUCCGUGAAAUAUUAUGUUAGACACGCGCGGCUUUGCGUGCAUCAGCAAUAAAUUAAUUUUAAUUGGCUAUACUUUAAGUGUGUGAAGAUCCAUAUAUAUUCAGUAAACUAAUAAAGACUGCUCAUUUUGUAUUCGCUAUUGGUUAUAAAAAUAUAUUAAUUAUUUUUCUCCAUGCUGCUUAAGUUCAAAAUUAAUUCAUGAUGAAAUUGUGAUUUAAUAAGAAAUACUCUAAACACAUUUCUUGUAAUUCAAUUACAAUGAAUUAUGGAAUAACGAUUCACUUAACUGAAGAAGUCGUACUAGAAUUCCCGUAGAAUUCCAGAACGAUUUUCAUCCCGGACGAAAUUCAUCAAUUUCUGAACAAACAAAAAGACGAUUCCAUAAAUUGACGAAAAUUCUUCGCCGUAGAUCUCGACUUAUUGUUGUUUCACUUAUUGUUGACUAUUUUAACUGUAUCAUUAAACUUAUUGACCUACUUAAUUAUUCAAAACAUGCGCGUCUCCUUCAACUCACUUCAUUUUGAAAGGGCGCGAUAAAAAAAUUAAAUAAAAUAUAUUUUUUCGAAAA